CCAUAAAAAGAAGCAGCAGCAAAAGAAGUAAGAACAACAACAACAACAACAGGUGCAGGAAACUGAAGCUGUGGAACACUGUGUUUGAGGCCCAAAUAACUCAACCAACACAAAUUCAGUUCAGUCAAGUAAACUCAAGUCACAUCAGUCCGUCAGUCAGUCAGUCAGUCAGUCAAAAGCAGAAGCCAAAGCAGAGGCAGAGGCAGAGCCAAAGUCAAAACAUCCCAAUAUAUCCACAUCAACGUCGCCGCCGCCUCCAUUUGGAGUAGUAGUUGUCGCCAUCGCCUCCGUCGUCGUCGGAGCACCAAAAGUCAGCACAAAAACAUAAAUAAAUAAUAUAAAUAAACAAUCAUGUCGAGCGAUUCGAGUCGUCGCAUACAAGUGCCCGAUGAGCUGAAGGAGGUUCUAUUGCAAUUUUCAAUUUCAUAUUUGGUUGAACAGCCGCCAGAUGUUGUUGACUAUGCGGUUGAAUAUUUUGGCAAACUACAGGCAAAUCGUCCAGCCGCAACUAAUACGGAACAUAAUACCGAUGAUCAGCUGAGCAUUAACUCACAGGAUGGUGAUGAGCCACCAAUAAUACAAAGUUCACGCCGUAAAUCAGUUUUCGCCGAGGCCUAUGAUCCCGAGGCGGAUGAUGAUGAUGAGGGAGCCACUGCCGUAUUCCCAAAAACAGAUGAACAGCGUGCCCGUCUCGUGGAGUCGGUGAAGAAUGUGCUUCUAUUCCGCUCACUCGAAAAGGAACAGAUGAAUCAAGUGCUGGAUGCCAUGUUUGAGCGUAAAGUGCAGCCAGGCGAUUAUAUAAUCCGCCAGGGCGAUGAUGGUGAUAAUUUUUAUGUCAUUGAAUCAGGCGUCUACAAAGUCUAUAUUAAUGACAAACAUGUUAACACCUACAACCACACUGGAUUAUUUGGUGAAUUAGCAUUGCUCUAUAAUAUGCCCAGAGCGGCCACUGUGCAGGCAGAAUCAAAUGGCUUACUCUGGGCCAUGGACCGUCAGACAUUCCGACGUAUAUUACUGAAGUCUGCAUUCAAGAAGCGAAAAAUGUACGAGGAGUUGUUGAAUAGUGUGCCCAUGCUUAAGGCCCUCCAGAACUACGAACGCAUGAAUCUGGCCGAUGCUUUGGUAUCCAAGAGUUAUGAGGGCGGCGAACGCAUUAUUAAGCAGGGAGACGCUGCCGAUGGCAUGUACUUCAUUGAGGAGGGCACCGUUUCGGUGCGCAUGGAUCAGGAUGAUGCUGAAAUCGAAAUUUCCCAAUUGGGCAAGGGUCAAUACUUUGGUGAAUUGGCUCUGGUGACACAUCGACCACGUGCUGCUUCCGUCUAUGCCACAGGCGGUCAGGUUAAACUGGCAUUCCUGGAUGUUAGAGCCUUUGAGCGAUUGCUAGGACCCUGCAUGGACAUUAUGAAACGCAGCAUUGAUGAUUAUGAAUCGCAAUUGGUUAAGAUUUUUGGCAGUAAAAAUAAUAUCACCGAUACACGAUAAAAAGUCUGAAAUAAUUACAACAACAACAACAAACAACAAACACCAUCUACAAGCACAACAACAGCAACAACAACAACUACAACAAUCGCAGCGCAGCUACAACACACAGCAACAACAACAACAACAACAACAAUUUAAUAUACUAAUAGAAAUGCAGCACAAAAAUGUAAAACAAAAAUGUCCCCUCCAUGCCAUUUAAUCAGCUAGAAAUUAAGGGAAAUUUUGAAAUUUGUAAAAAAUUCUCUUACUCACCGUCCCCUCACCGCUCACCGCCCCUUCUCGCCCCCUGGACUCGCCCACUCUGCGUUAAUUGUUAAGCAAGAAAAGUGAAAAUAACUAAAAACAAAACCACAACAACAAAAGAAGAAAAA